GCUUCCCCUCUACUCACCACCCUCUCUCUCUUCCGGCAUCCCGUCCCAGCCUUCGCCGCAGCUCGCGGGCAGGCAGGCAGCCAGCCAGGCAGCCAUGAGGCAGUGGAAGUCCCUAGUCCCGGCGCUGCACCUGCACGGCCCCGCCGCGUCCUGCUUCCCGCACCCGCCGUCGCCGUCGCCGCCCAGGGGGGACGACGAGGAGGAGACGGACCUGCUGCCGGCGGCACCGCCGCAGCUGGCCGGCGCGGCUCUGGCGGUGCGGCUGGUGGGGUGCGACGGGCGCGUGCGCGCGUACGCCCCGCCCGUGACGGCGCGGGAGUUGAUGCAGGAGCACCCGCGGCACCUGGUGUGCCGCGCCGACGCGCUGCUCAUCGGGGAGAGGAUCCCGGCCGUGGCGCCGGCCGAGGAGCUGCAGCCCGGAGAGGCCUACUUCCUGCUGCCCGCGCACCUGUUCCGCUCCGUCCUCUCCUUCGUCUCCCUCGCGUCCUCGCUGCUGCUGCUGCUCUCCACCACCGCCUCCGCCUCCGGCAAGAAGCCCGCCGCCGCCCGCCCGUUCGAGCUCCACCGCACGGCGUCGGGCACGCUGCAGAUCAAGUUCUCCGACGACUUCCUCCUGCCGGACGCCGCCAAGGUCGCCGCGCCGCCGCAGCAGCAGCAGCCCGCCGUGCUGCUCCGCGGGGACGAACGCCUCGCCAAGGACUACGAGGAGCUGGUCGGGUACGGCAAGUCCCGCCGCUGGGCGCCCAAGCUGGAGACCAUCCAGGAGCUGGCGGCGCCCGCCGCCGCCGCCGAUCCCGCGCCGCCCAGCGCUGGGCGCGGCAGGAGCAGCCGCGCGCUGCCGUUCCUCGCCCGCCUCGGCCGCCGCCGCCGCCGCCGCGACGCCUGCAGCGCCGUCGCCUGCUCCGGCUAGGGAGCAAGGGUCGGGUCGUAGCGCUCUCGAUCCCUCCGGUAGGGGUAGUUUUUCAGGUAGCCGGCGCCCGCCGGCGGCGUUGCCGGCCGGGCCCGUCGUCCUGGUUUAGUGGCUGGUUUUGUAAUUAGGGAAACGAAAUUUUGGUGCUAAUCUAAUCUGUAAAUGGUGAUGGUGGCCGACAGAUUUUCCUCCGCCGUUUCUUUUCUCGUGCCUCGAUCAGUCACCCACUCACUAAUUUCUUAGACGCCUAGACUACUGUUAGUAGUAGAAUAGAAUACCAUUAGACUGUCUCCAGAGAAUCGAGAGAACCCAUUAGACUGUCUCGACAGAAUUCGAAAUGACACUGUUUAGGGGUGUUUGGGAACAAAGUUUUUCUGCAGUUUUGGAAAAAUACUGCAGUAUUUUCAAAUACUGCAGUAUUAUAUAUAGAAUGGUGUUUGGCAAGCUGGCU